UCAAGACCACUCACUGAUACUACUCGCAGCGAGCCCGUGGCAGAUGCAGAUGCUCCAGAGCCUCAGCCUCAACCACAGCUCUCUGAAGCCGAGCUGAUCGAGCAGCGCCGCAAGAAGCGCGAGGCCAUUCGAAAGAAGCAUGCCGCAGCGUCAACGAAUGAUUCACUGUUGCGAGCCACGCUGGAGUCGAAUUUGCCCUCUACUUCCACCACACCAUACCACGAAAGCAGUGGCCACGGCUCAGAAGCCCAGUCGCCCCCGUCGUCUUUGAACUCGCCGAGAACACCUCGAGAUGUUUCAACUCCUGGCUCGCCGGCGUCCAUCAACGAUGAAGACCUCAUGAAUCCCAUCCAGAUGACCGCUAAUGCUGAAGACCAAGGUCAGUCUGCCGCCGACUACGAUCCAAACCAGGACAUGCAUGAGGACAGGCCAGGUCACAAACGGCAGGACUUGCAGGACCCAACAGCCCACGCCAAUGCAGAACCUGCACAGCCAGCACCUGCACCGGCGCCGAAGAAGCCCAAGGACGACUUCGAUAUGUUUGCCGAUGACGACGAUGAUAUGUUUGCAGCAAAUGAUGCACCUAUCAAGGUAGAUGCCACUAAGCAAGCUCGUGCCCUCGAUGAAAGCCUCUUGGACAAUUGGGACUAUCCCGAUGGUCACUAUCGCAUCAUCAAUGGUGAGCUCCUGGAUGGUCGGUAUGCUGUGGAGAAGCAGAUCGGUAAGGGUACUUUCGCCACCGUGGUGAGAGCGCGUGACACCCAAACCAACGCUAUGGUUGCCAUCAAGAUAGCUUGCCGAAACGAGACAAUGUUCAAAGCUGGUCAGAGGGAAAUGCAGUUCCUGAACCGUCUCAACGAAGCCGAUCCGGAGGACAAGAAGUACAUCAUCCGCCUCCUGCGCGACUUCAUGCACAAAGGUCAUCUCUGUCUGGUAUUUGAGGGCCUGGAGAUGGACUUGCGAGAGACGUUGAAGAAGUUUGGUCGGGACGUCGGCAUCAACCCGGAAGCCAUCCAGAUCUACACACGGCAGAUGCUGCUCGCUCUGCUUCACAUGAAGACCCAGGAAGUCCUUCACGCCGAUCUGAAGCCAGACAACAUCCUGGUAAGCGCCGACAACAAAUACAUCAAGAUUUGUGACUUUGGUACCGCCACACUCCAGCAAGAUGCCGAGCUCACUCCAUACUUGGUCUCACGCUUCUAUCGUGCUCCAGAGGUUAUUCUGGGCAUGGAGUUCGACUAUGGCAUCGACAUGUGGUCAAUUGGCUGUACACUGUACGAAUUGUAUACUGGUCGCAUCCUGUUCAAUGGCUCGGACAACAACAAUAUGCUUCGCGUCAUUCAAGAGUGCCGUGGUAAGCUACCGAACCGCCUGAUCAAGCGUUCCCAGCUUGCGGACAAGUAUUUCGAUGAGGCAUUCACUUUCCACGCCCUGGAGCGAGACAAGAUGACAGGCAACCUUGUUCAGCGCCCGAUGCACUUCUCGCAGGGCGUGCACGGCAGAGACCUGAAGUCGAGGCUUAGUGCCAAUGCGAAGAAGAUGGAUGCUACGCAAUUGAAGCUACACACUGCAUUCGUCGACCUCCUCGACAAGUGCUUGCAACUCGACCCAGAGAAGAGAAUUAAGCCGAAAGAUGCGCUGCGGCAUCCAUUCGUGAGCGACACAAAGCGCGACACGCUUGGCAAUGGCAAGCCGAAGACAGCACCGCCCGCUGCGACCAAGAUCUUCCGCCCUGCUGUCGUGCAGCGUUCCGGCUAGACUCCGCACGCUCGCAGGAAACCCAAAGAGCAGCCCGAGUCAUCUCUUGGCUGUUUACCCGUUGAGGGAAAGGAAAAUACCCCAUGCGUCAUAAAUAUGAACCUAGCAAGCUAGCAUGGACAUCGUACAUGAAAACACGACCACAGCAUGCUUUUGUGGUCUCCGCGUAGACGACUUCGCAAUCAUCCGACGCUUGUGUUAUGACGUCUUUUGGACAUGUUCGAGAGGGAAAGCAACCGAUUUGAGAGUAGAAGGAGCAUGGGUGGAGGAUAGAGACAUGCGGUACGGGAACAAAGUCGUACGAAUGCAUCGGCAGAGCAGCGGAUACAGGAGUAGGCAUAGCCUUGCGGCCACAUACGGUCUUACCACAGUAAGCAUGCAACAGGGUGGCA